UAUAAAUCCGCGGUCACACUGGCAAGCAGCUGGAAAAGCCAACUCAGCUAAAACUAAAAAUUUUUAUACACAAAAAAAUAGCUGUGCAGCAGGAGUUUCAAUCAAUUUUCCAUACUUAAGUGCGCGCCACACACAAUGCAAAAUGCGGCUGACAAACGAGAACGUGAAACUCCACCCAACGCUGAGAGAUCUGGCCAUUUUCCUCGGCCUAACAAUCUACAUUUGUCUUCCAACGACGUGGGCCGCAGAGACAACGACUCUCUCGGACAAGAGACUGUGCGCUGACCCAAAAUGUGAACGAAUCAUCUCCAUGGGCAGAACGAAGAUAAUGUACAACUCUGGCGGCAAGGGACUGAUACCCUUCAAGAUCAACAGCCCAGUGCGCAUUUUGUCCAAAAGCGCUGGCACGAAUAAACAGCUUUGGGGCGUGGAUAUUGCCGGACGUCGUGGCUAUGCCAACAAGGAUUUCAUAUUGGAAGAGAGGAUUCUUAUAAGUGAGAAAGAUUUGGAGCAUGAAGUGCCAGUGGUUGGGCCAGGUAGUCCACCAGCAGCCGCGCCAGAAGCCCCCCUGAAAGCAACAGAGGUAGAGCCUCCCGUUCCCAGUGCCUCUGAGUCAGCCGAUGAGGUGGCAACGACCACAACCAGCCCGCUGGAUGUUAAAGGCGAUGCUAUUGUCACGAAAAAGGACACGUUGAAUGACCAACAGGUGCCGGAUGUGCCAACAGCGUCGUCACAAGUGGAGCAACUGGUAGAUGGCACUCGGCUGCCCAUGGAGGCAGUUCCAGCUGUCACCGAGAGGACACAGGAUCAACAGGUCGAUAAAUCUCAAGCAGCCUCAGCAGCGGUUGACACGAAAGAGCCACAGCCGGUGGCAGCAACGACUGAAUCGAAUGAGUCACAGCAGCAGCAGCUACCAGAGAAAGUAGUUGCUGACCAAAAAGAGCCAACGCCAGCAGUGACGGAACCUCCGAAGCUACAACAGGUGGAAGAUAAACCCAAAGAGCCAACUGAAGCAGCGUCUGACACCAAGGAUUCGGAGCCAGUUACAGUUGCACCGGUGAUGGCCAUCAACGCUGAUAUUGACGACGACUCUGAUGAUUUCGACUACGAGGAGGACGACGACGAAGAAGUCGAUCAAUAUGAUGAACUGAAAAUAGUUAGCAAAAAAGAUAACGAAACAUUGAACGAAGUAGCGAACGAUAAAAAGCCAAUUAAUGUUAAUGAAACACACGAAUUGAAGCCCAAUUUGGUGGAGCAAACGUUAGAUAAGAGUGCACCCCCCAGUACUGUCGAGGGAGAACCUAUAACUGAGGAGAAACCAGUGGAGCCACAGGCGGAGGUACCAGCAGCGAAGCAGAAGAAUGAGCAGCCAAUUCCAUCUAUCCUUGAGAGCAUUGCGUCCGCAAAGGAAGCCCCAAAGGAGGACACUACUGAAAGACAGUUGGAGGAGAUUGUUGCACCAAAAGGAGUUCCUGAAACAGCGACUCCAGUAGUGCAGGAGGUUGUUGCACGAAAGGAGUUGCCAGAAACAAAGACACCAUCAGUGGAGGAGGUAACCGAAGGGGUGCAAGUGCCAAAAAUGGCAUCGAUUGAAGAAACAUUGAAAGAAAAUGUUGUUGAACAACCAAAAGCAGCAGAGAUUGGAGUCCAAAGUGAGCCAGAGACAGCAAAGGUUGAGCCUCUGGUGUCAGUCGAAGCCAGCACCACGGUCAGUCCCAUCGUGGAGCUGCCUCCAGUCGCAACAGAGCCUUCAGUUGGCCUGCCGCCACUUUUCAAUAAUCAAAACUUUGCCAAUCCAAACGAGUAUUAUAAACAAUUGCAAGAACGGCAGGAGGCAUUGAAUCGGCAGCCGAGUGAAGCCUCCAUUGAUGAUCCAAAUGAUUAUUACAAGCAGCAGCAGGAGAAAGCGGAGGAGGAGCAAUUGAAGCAGCAGCAGGCGGAAGUUAAGGAGCAACUGAAGCAGCAGCAGGCAAAAGUGGAGGAGCAACUGAAGCAGGAAGAGCAAGCGAAGGUUGCGGAGCAACUGAGGCAGCAGCAGCAGGCGCAAAUUGAAGAGCAACUGAAGCAACAGCAGCAGGCGGAAGCUGAAGAGCAACUGAAGCAACAGCAGCAGGCGGAAGCUGAAGAGCAACUGAAGCAGCAGCAGCAGGCGGAAGCUGAAGAGCAACUGAAGCAGGAGCAAGCGAAAAAGCAGCAGGAAUCCAAUCAUCAAUUGCCAGAGCAAACUACACCCACACCUUCCUACGAAGCGCCCUAUGCAGCAGUUGAUGAUGAACCGACGGCAGCACCACACAGCGAGGAGGUAUCCUCGGAGAGUGCGGCAGUUGGUUCAGUGGAACCACUGGCCCUGCCCUCGACAGCAAUUCCCGCCUCAGAGUCUCUCAUAAAGGAAGAUGGCCUAGCAGGUGGUGGAGGUCUCUUUGCCACCAUUGUCGACACUGUCAACACGUUCAUCUCUAGUCAGGGUUCAAAAACGAAGGAGAAUGUGCCAUUGGAAGAGCGCAGCAGCGAUGAACUGCAGCGAAUUCUGUAUCCGGGAAUGGUUGAAAAGCCAUCAAAUGAUGUGCCCCCAGCCGAUGUCGAUAUUCAUGGUGAUGCUGAAGCCCAGUGUGCUCGCUACCAGUCCAACGAUAAUGAUCACUGCCAUCGCACAAUUUCGCUGGACAACUUUGUGGAGGUGCUGGCCGCUAAGCUGGUGGAUCACAGCCAGCUGCUUUUGUGUGUUGUCAUUGCGGCUGCCUCUUCGCUGUUCUUUAGCUUUGGUUAUUAUUGCUUCUGCAACAGCAGCCAGGAGGGUGCACUGCUGUCGAAGCUGAACCACUUGGAGCGCAGCCUGCUGACCUCACACAAGGAGAAUCUCAUCAUUAAGAACGAUCUGAUGACGACACGCACCAAACUGGCCAGCAUUGAGGACAACUCCUUUGGCUCCAACGACAUGGUGGUGGCACUCAAGAAGCAGCUGGAGAUUGAGCUGUACGAGAAGGGCAAGCUGCAGGAGCAGGUGAGCGGCCUGGAGAGGGAUUUGGAUAAGGCCGCAGAGGCUGGGCUAGAGCUAAACACAAUGUUGUCUGAUGUGUUGGGCAAUCAGAAUGGCAAUGAGGCCAUAAUGUUGACAGCCGAUGAGCUGCAGCGGCAGAUAAACGAUCAGAGAAUGAUCAUUGAGGACAUCAACUCGAGCCUCGCCGAGAAGAGCCGCGAGAAUAGUGAGCUGCAAUAUGCGUACACCGAGUCCACGGCGCGUUUGUCGAGCGAGCUGAAGGCUUUGCAGGAGGAUAACUAUGAGCUGGAUAUGGAAAAGUCAAAGCUGAAGACACGACUUGAGGAUAUCCAAGCGGAGAACGAGCAGGAGCUGGCGAAGGCUUUGGAGGCUCGCAACUACGAGAUGCAGCGUCUGCAGAAUCAGAUACUCGAUCUGACCACCAAGUGGGAGCGCGAGCACAGCGAUCUGCAGACCAGUCUGGCCAAGAUCGAGGCACUCGAGGACUGUCUGAAGGCUGUGAAGAAGGAUGCGAACCUCAAUGUCCACGAGCUUAUCAGCUCGGCCAAGACGCGAGGAGAGCUGAACGCUGCCCAGAAGAAGUUUAGCGAUUUGCAGUCAAAGCUGGAGCAGGAGCAGGUCCACAAGGGCAGGCUGGAGAGUCAGCUGAAACAGUCGAAUGCCGACGUGGAGCAGCUGAAGCAGGACUUCAAUCAAGCGGAGCGCGACAAGCUGGAGGCGCAAACGCGUCUCGAAGUGCUCUCUGGAUACUUUCGGGAAAAGGAAAACGAACUUAAAACGGAACUCAGCCUACAGGAGACCAAGUGGCUGCAGCAUCAGGGCGAGAAUUCCAGCACCGUGGAGACGCAAACGCUGAUGAAGAACGAAAUUCAAACGCUCAAAUCUCAGAACGAUGAGCUGCGCGCGGAGAUUGAGGCACAGAUUGCCUCACACAAGGCACAGAUGGGCACACUGGAGAAUCGUGCGCAUGAAUCCUGGCUGGCGGCGCGACAGUCGGAGCGACGCUGUGAGGAGGCGCUGGCCGAGGCCGCUGGUUUGCGACGCAAGCUAACCACCAUGGCCGCAGGUGGUGAUCCAGCAACAGGGGAGUCUAUUUCCUCGAAUGGGGGAGACUCGAAGGCAACCACAGCUCCUUCGCCGCUGCCACUGCCGCUGCCUUUGCCUGGCUCGCCAUUAUUAAACAUGCCAAAUCCACUGCCAUUCCUGGCGGCUCCCUUCUCACCAUUUAUGGGCCUGCCGCCGCCAUUCCUGCCACCAGCAGCAGCUGGUGGAGCGCGACCACCGCCGCUAGGCCGCAUGCGUUCCCCGCCGCCGGCUGCGUCGGGUUCACGAGGCCAUCGUGAUCGUGACCGUGAAAGGUAUUCGGACUACAGCGACUAUGAUGACUAUGACGACGAUGAGGAGGAUGAUCGCCGCCGCAGGCAUAGUGGCAGCUGGGGUCGGGGACGUCGCGACUCCUACUCGAGGGAUUCGCCUCGCACAUAUCGCUCGCUAUCCCCCUCGGACAGUCGAUACAACUAUCGGCACGACACAGAGACGGACUACAGUCCGCCGCCCAGUCCGCCGCGUCCGGUGGCAUCGGGACAUCGCAACGGACCGGGCCCAGGCACGGUCGGAACGGGCACGGGCGCUGCCUCGCGGACAUACAGCGAAGUAUGAGAGAUGCGGAUUUUUGUACUUCACGGCGGUGGGGGGCUGUACCGACCAAAUCCUAUCAUCCUACCAAGUAUAUUAUGUACGAGUAGUUGCUUAAACUCAAAACUAGUUCAAAUAUAUUUAUUAAUCAACGA